AUGUCAAAUUAUACACAAUUAAAUCCAAAUGACAGAGAAGUAGCGGGUCCAGUGGCAACAGUAUUAUGUUGUAAUUGUGGUGUUCCUAUGGAUGGUUCACUGGGACUUGUAAUGUGUUAUGAUUGUAUAAAAUUAAAUGUUGAUAUAACAGAAGGUAUACCGAGAGAGGCAAAUGUUUCAUUUUGUAGAAAUUGUGAAAGAUUUUUACAACCACCAGGACAAUGGAUUAAAGCACAAUUAGAAUCAAGGGAAUUAUUGGCAUUAUGUCUUCGAAGAUUAAAGGGUUUAAAUAAAGUAAGAUUAGUUGAUGCAUCUUUUAUAUGGACAGAACCUCAUUCAAGAAGAAUAAGAGUUAAAAUUACAGUUCAAGGUGAAGCAAUGGCAAAUACUAUAGUACAACAAACAUUUGAAGUUGAGUAUACUGUUAUUGCCAUGCAAUGUCCUGAUUGUGCAAAAUCAUAUACUGCAAAUACUUGGAGAGCAACAGUUCAAAUAAGACAAAAAGUACCACAUAAAAGAACCUUUUUAUAUUUGGAACAAUUGAUAUUAAAACAUAAUGCACAUGUUGAUACUGUAUCGAUCCAAGAAACAAAAGAUGGGCUUGAUUUUUUCUAUGCACAAAAGAAUCAUGCAGCAAAAAUGGUUGACUUUUUAACUUCAGUUGCACCUGUAAAAGUAAAAAAAUCAGAAGAGUUGGUUAGUACAGAUAUUCAUUCUGGUUCAUCAAGUUAUAAGUUUUCAUACUCAAUAGAAAUUGCACCAAUAUGUCGAGAUGAUUUAGUUGUCUUACCAAAAAAAUUAGCUCAUUCAAUGGGAAAUAUAUCGAGAUUAGUACUUUGUAAUAAAGUCAAUAAUGCAAUGCAAUUUCUUGAUCCUUUCAAUUUACAAACUGCAGAUUUAUCAUCACAGGUAUAUUGGAGAUCUCCAUUUCCAUCAUUAUUAGAUGCUACACAAUUAGUUGAAUUUGUUGUAUUAGAUGUUGAACCAACUGGAGAUGUCAAGGGGAAACAUGUUUUGGCUGAUAUUGAAGUAAGUAGAGCAAGUGAUUUAGGAUCAAAUGAUCAAUCAUUUUAUGUAAGAUCUCAUUUAGGUGCUAUAUUACAUCCAGGUGAUUCUUGUUUAGGUUAUUACUUAUCAAAUACAAAUUUUAAUUCAGAACUUUGGGAUACAUUAGAUACAGAUAAUACACCAGAAGUCAUACUAGUCAAGAAAUAUUAUUCAAGAAAAUCCAAGAAAUCAAAAAAUAGAAAAUGGAAAUUAAGACGAAUGGCAAGAGAACAUAAUGAUAUAGUAGCUAACGAUGAUUCAAGACAAGCAAGACAAGAACAAGAAAAAGCAGAAAGAGAUUAUGAAUUAUUUUUACAAGAAUUAGAAGAAGAUGAAGAAUUAAGACAAACUAUCAAUAUGUAUAAAGCAGGAGAAGAUCAACAACCUCAACCACAAAGAAAUGAAGAUGAUAUUGAAGAAGAAAAUGAUGAUGACGAAGAUGCUCCUAGAAUUGGUCUUGAUGAAUUAUUGGAUGAAUUAGAUGAUAUGACUAUAAAUGAUACACCAAUGAAUGAAUAG